AUUCUACUCGCUUCUCACCUUCCAAGCAAAACCUGCAUCAUUUAGUUUACUGCUCUUACUGUUUUAAGAAUGAAGAAGAAGCUUUUGGCCAUGGUGCUUCUCCUUCUCUUCCAUUUCUUCUUGGCUUCUGCUUCAGCCUCACAGUCCCCCACCGUCAUUGUCAUCGGAGCUGGUUUGUCAGGAAUUGCAGCAGCAAAAACGCUACAUGAGGCCGGGAUACGUGAUAUAUUGAUUCUAGAGGCAACUCCCAGGAUUGGUGGUCGUGUCAUGAAAACUCAAUUUAGUGGACUCACCGUUGAGAAGGGUGCCAAUUGGCUUUUUGGUGGGGGGCCUGUGGCCAAUCCCUUACUGGAUAUUGCCAGAAAACUUAAGCUCAGAACUACCCUUAGCAACUAUGAAAAUCUCACAUCAAACACCUAUAAACAAGAAGGUGGACUGUAUCCUUCUAAGCUGGUGGAGAAAGUUGAUAAGGUUGCUUCUGCUAGAGAUGAUUUCUGCGUUGCGUUAUCGAAAAAAUUGUCAUCCAAAAAGAAAGAUGUUGAUAUCUCAAUUUUGGCAUCACAGCGAAUGUUCAACAAGGUGCCCAUAACCCCACUUGAAAUGGUGAUAGACUUCUAUCACAAUGACUAUGAAGACGCAGAGCCACCAAAAGUUACUAGUUUGAAGCACACUUGCCCUCGAAACGAGUUCGUAGACCAUGGAGAGGAUCCACACUUCGUGGCUGAUCCGAGAGGCUUUGAGGUUAUAGUUCAGUAUCUUGCUAAGCAGUUCCUUUCCUCUCUGACAAGUGAUCCCAGGCUUAAGCUAAAUAAGGUAGUUAGAGAUAUAAGCUACUCAAAGAAUGGAGUUACUAUAAAAACUGAAGAUGGUUCCACGUACAAUUCCAAUUACGUUAUUGUAUCUGCCAGCGUUGGAGUUCUUCAGAGUGACCUAAUCGAGUUCAAGCCCACUUUACCUCUAUGGAAAAAAAUUGCAAUAUCAGACUUUAGCAUGACCAUAUAUACCAAGAUCUUCCUAAAGUUCCCUUACAAGUUCUGGCCUGCCGGCCCUGGAACUGAGUUCUUCCUCUACACCCACAUGAGCCGAGGAUAUUAUCCACUUUGGCAGCAUUUGGAGAAUGAGCAUCCAGGAUCAAACAUAUUGUUUGUGACUGUAACAGCUGAUGAAUCGAGGAGAAUAGAGCAAUUGCCUGAUGAAGCCAUUGAAGAAGAGAUCAUGGUAAUACUUAAAAAGCUGUUUGGUAAUAACAUUCCAAAACCUGAAUCCAUUCUUGUACCUAGAUGGGGAUUGGACAGGUUCUACAAGGGCAGCUAUUCUAAUUGGCCAGAUAACUACAGUCAAAAACGCAAAGACCAAUUAGCUGAUCCUGUUGGUCCUGUAUACUUUACGGGGGAGCACACAAGCGAUCGAUAUAUAGGAUAUGCUACUGGUGCUUAUUCUGCAGGAAUUGACACCGCAAAUGAUUUGAUCCACUGUAUAAAGAAAAAAUCUUGCAGAGGCUAUAAUAAGAACAGAUGGCAAUAAGAUGAGAAUGCUGGCUCCUGGCCAGCAUCUGAAGGUGAUGAAUAAUCUCUACUCAUUUUGAGUUUAUGGAAAUAUGAGCACAAUAUUCAGGAGGUUCUUUCAAAUGAAAUGAGCAACCAGAAAGGAUUUGAGUUGUUUUCCAGCACAUGGUAUCUCUUUAACUAAAGCUGUCAUUGAAGUCGUCGUCUCGGGGCCUGUCGUUUAUUGUGUUUUAUUUAAUUGACCCCAAAUAUGAUUAUGUAUGGAACUUUCUUCCCCCA